AUGGAUCCGUCUACCAGUACUGCGACACCAAUCCUAGCACCUAUUGGAAGUAAAGAUGAUCAUCACUCAGUAGUACCCCCAUUAGCAGAGAAGUCCUCUCCUACACCAUCAUACCUAACUCCUACUGCAGCAUCAUCCAGUAGAAGUGUAGUAACUCCUACACCACGUACAUCGCCACUCCAGUUGACAACCAAACCCUUGCCAAGCGAGUCGACAAACACCAGUCCUACACUCAGAGCUAGUUUCUUCUCAGGAAUCUUUGACUCACCUGAACUAGGCAAUCCACCAGUCCCAGUAGAGGAACAACACCCAGUACCUGUUCCAGCAGAACCCAAACCAGAUCCACUUAGAUCUCCAGUCGACCCUAUUCCAGAAGAAGAACCUACUGACAGACAUCUGAACAACCCAGAAGAAGGAAACCCAGAACCCAGUGAUCAAGAAGAUGAAGAAGAUAUGUCUGACAACAACAGCGGAGCAGUAAAUAAGCCCAACCAAUUUGAAGGAGACAAAGGAAAGAGCAAGGAAUUCUUGGACGAAUUGUACCUAUACUUUGAGGGAAACUCCAAGAAGAUCCAGACCGAUAAAGAUAAGGUUCAAUGUGCCCUUUCCUACAUCAAAGGACCUGCCCAGUUCUUCAUCCACACCAUCAUUCCUGAUGCACAAGAACCCAUCUCUGAUUCUGAAGAUGCGCCACUUAAAGGAUUACCCAGCUGGGCCAACUUCAGGAAGUCCUUUAUUCAGACUUUCAGAGUCGAGGACAACACUCAGGCAGCCUUAAAUGAAAUCAGCAAGUGCACCUGGGAUAAGUGUGGAGGGAAUGGUCUUCAAUUCAUGACCACUCUUCGACCUCUCUUACAAGCCAUAAAGCUUAAGGAAUUGGAUACCUUUAUUGAGGAAAAUUUACGGAAGGGGUACAUUCAUCCAUCAAAGUCUCCUAUGGCAUCCCCAUUUUUCUUUGUCAAUAAGAAAUCUGGAGAUCUCCGACCAUGCCAGGACUACAGGAAACUCAAUGAUGCCACCAUCAAGAGUGCCUACCCCAUACCAAGAGUAGAAGACCUGCUAGAUUGCAUCACCUUGGCCAAACCAACAAUGUUCACCAAGCUUGAUUUAUGCGCAGGAUAUAACAAUGUAUGCAUCAAGGAAGGCGAUGAAUGGAAAGGAGCGUUCAUCACUCCACAAGAAUUAUUUGAACCAACUGUCAUGUUCUUUGGAAUGACAAACUCUCCAGCAACCUUCCAAGCUAUGAUGGAUGGCAUCUUCACAGAUCUGCUGCUAGAAGGAUGGCUAGUAAUCUCUAUUGAUGACAUUCUCAUCUUCUCCACCGAUCAUGUGGAACAUCGGCAAUGCACUCAAUUGGUCCUUCAAUGGUUGAAAGAAUCAGAUCUGUUCCUCAAACCCGAGAAAUGUUUCUUUGAUGUAUCAGAAGUCAAGUUUCUAGGAUUCAUUCUCCAACCAGGACAAAUAGGGAUGGCAGAAGAUGAGGUAUCAGCAGUACUAAACUGGCCAAAAAUUGACAGUGUCAAAGCACUGCAAUGA